CCACUUCCACUUCCCGUUCGUCGACUAGGGUUUUGAAUGGCCGCCAUUUCCAGGAGCAUCGGCAAGCGACUCUCCCCUCAGACUCAGAUAUUCACUCCCUCUGCUUCUUCUGUCGCUCAUUCCAGGAGAAAUGCGCACUCCUCCUCCUCAGCGCCUGAGAAGAAUCCUGAAGAAGUGGCUACGGCGAAUGAGAAGAAUCCCGAUGACCCAGUCCCGCAAAAUGUGGUUCCCCAUGAAGUGAUUCAGAUCCAGAUUCAAUCUGAAGAAUACUGGGUUCCCCACCCGAAAACCGGGGUUUUCGUUCCUCCUUCUGAUUGCAACCCGAGCGAGCCCGAGCCCGAGCCCGAGCCCGAGGAGUCGGUGCUGGAGCAGGAGGCCUGGUAUCGCCCGACUGAUAUGGAGGACCUGGAGAAGCCCAUCAGCCUCCAAGUCGAAGAAUCUGGAACGAGGGAGGGAGACGGCAACUCGACAAGUCGCAGAGUAGUGCAAGGCGAUUGUACAUAGUGGGGACAGUUAAGGUUAGGUUUGUUGCUAGUUUGCUUCCUCGUUUUACAGUUGGGUUUUAGUCACUCUGUAACAUAAAGAAACCAGCGAGU